AAAAAAUGUAUGCUCGCAAAACGAUUGCGUAGCAUUCGCGCAAAUGCUUUGCAAACGUUUUGCGAACAUGUGGGUGAAAAUUCAUGGCGGACUUAGAUUAGAACACUUGGCGAAUGCUUUGACAACAUUUCCCGAAACACUUUUUGGUUCACGACAGCGAAUGCUUAGAGGUGUCUUUUCGGUAAUCUCCGUGGUUCGUUUACAAAUGCAUGGCGGCGUUCUUUCUACAACUUUUGCAGUAAACAUGUAAAUGCAUAGAGAAGUUUAUGCUCACCAUUUUUAGUAUUCAGCAUGAUUUGUUGCAAACGUUUGGCGGUGUUUUUCAUGGAUCCGUUUUUGCAGGCUGCAGUACCCUUUUGGGCAUGGUUCAGUACAAUUAGGGCAUGCCUCGUUUGGAUUUACUUAAAAUGCAACAAGCAAAUUAUUUGAUAUAUUAAAAAAAACAUCUACACUACAGUCGUGCGCAUACGCCAUGGCGCUCACGUCGUCUGGCAGCGCACCACCCAUGGCGCCAGCAUGCCCCCCUUCACUGCUCCUCGGGCCUGCUGCUGCUGUGCCCAACCUGCAGCGCACACACGAUGGACGGAUGGAUGGGGCAUGCGCGAGAGAGGAAAAGGACAGUGGCGAGAAGCGAAACAAGGGAAGAGAUGUUUCACCACCGUGCUCGCAUCUGCUGGCGUCCGCGCACUUGGUGGCCGCCUCCAUGCGCGCAUCUAGGUACUCCGCCAGGCGCCCCGCCUCCCGAAGAUACCGCUUCUGCGUGCCGCCUCCUCCCCCUCGCCCCUCCUUACUCUCCCGCCCCCCCAAUGGCGCAUUAGCUCAUGAACAUGCAGAUAAGAAUGACAUGGGUGAACAAGACUAGUCACCUACGAGCUGCUUGAAACGAUAGACCAUCGUGAAACGAGAUCCUCAGCAUAGGGCGCACUAAGAACGACCAUGGUAAUCGAAGCCUGUGGGAGAGGAAGGAGCUGCUCACUAGGGGGCGCGAAGGCGAGAAUGGGAGCUGAAACUGAUGCAGAUAGAACUGCCGAGGGCUAUUAUUGUAAGUAACGUCUAGCUGGAAGGCAUGAGAGGGCACAAGGGGGCAAGUAAGGAAGGGAUCAGAAGUGUGUG